AUGUUUAUUAAAUUAUUAAGUGUUAUUUUUGUCAUUACGUUUGCGGUGAAAAAAGUCGAUUUGAAAACAUUAUCGUGGUGUGAUCCUAAAUUGUGUCCAAAAGGUGUUCCACAUAUUGCCUGCAACAAUACAGGGGAUUUUCAUGAACGCUGUGAAGCCGAUGCCAAAAUUAUAGAUUUACGAUCACAUCGUAAGUUUAUCUUACAUGAACACAAUAAAAGGCGUAACUUUAUAGCGGCCGGUAAAUUGCCCGGUUAUUAUCCAGCUGGUAAAAUGGCCACUCUACAAUGGGAUGAUGAAUUGGCAUUUUUAGCCGAAAUGAAUAUAAAAACAUGUGUGGUUGAGCAUGAAGAUUGCAAAAAUUCCUAUCGUUUUCGUAAUAUAGGACAAAAUCUUGUGGGCAUUGAUAGACCAAACAAUGUUGCGGUCGAUAUACAAGAGGUUAUACAGAGAGGCAUGGCCCUAUGGUUUGGUGAACACACACUCAUCGACAGUAAUUAUAUUGCCAAUUUUAAGGUUGAUCGAGAUUUCGAACAAUAUGGCCAUUUUGCCGAAUUUGUUUUGGAUCGUAAUACCCAUGUGGGUUGUGCCAUGUUACGCUAUACUCAUCCUGUGUAUAAAUUUCUACAUAUUUAUAAUACAGCCUGUAAUUAUGCCAGUAUUUAUGCUUUAGAUGUUCCAGUUUAUAGAGUGGGUAAACCUGCCUCUAUGUGCACCACCGGAAAUAAUCCCAAAUAUCCUGCUUUGUGUUCAAUAAAUGAACCAUUUAAUCCUAAUUAUACUCUAGAUGACUAA